UCUCAUUAAAGAGCUCAGCCUUCAGCUCCCCGGAUCCUUCCAAUUCUCCCGAGAUGACCUGUGCGAUCUGAAAGCAGAGAGCAGCCCCACCAUGGACAACGAGAUAACAGCAAAGGAGAGAGGAGUCCUGCAGGAGAACAAUGAGAAAGAAGAGAUGGACAAGGAGAGAGCUCAGGAGGAAGAAGGCGAGGAGAGGAAACUGAAGGAGGAAGAGGGUGAAGGGGAGGAGAAGGAGAAAGAGCUGCUGACAGAGGAGCAGGAGCUGGAAGAGCUGAGGUCCCAGGUGCUGCAGCUGCUGCUGGAGCUGGAGGAGGCCCGAGAGACCUCCAACAAACACCAGGAGAGCUUCCACGAGCUGCAAGGUCUGUUGGAGGAUGAGCGUUUGGCCAGUGCCCACCAGGCAGAGGCUUUCACACGCCAGAUCCAGAAUCUACAAGCCCAGCUGCGCUCGGUGCAGGAGGAAAUGGACAGCCUGGAGGAGGAGAAGGAAAGUGAAUUGGCUGAGGCCCAGGAGGAGCUGCGAGUUGCUCAGGAGGAGGUGGUGCUGCUUCAGCAGGCAGCGGAGGAGGCAGCAGCAGAGAGGGAGAACGACAUUGCCUCCCUGCAGGAGGAGCUGUGUCGUCGGCGAGCUGAGCUGCAGCGCCUCAGCGAGGAGGCCCAGGAGUACGAGUUAGAGAUCACCACGCUAAGGGCUGAGAUCAGCAUGAAGAGCCAGCGCAGGGAGGCCGAGAGGAGAGAGGGUGAUGUUGACCUGCUGAAAGAGGAGUGCAGUACGCUGAGGGAGGAGUGUCAGACCCUGAAGGAGAACAACAGACGUCUCUCUGAGAAGCUGCAACAGCUGCAGAGACAGAGGACAGGCAGCUCCCACAGUGUGUACUUCUCACUGAAAGAAGACGACGCUGGGGAGGGCACAGAGGGGAAGGACGCGGAGACGGGCUCAGACGAGGCCAUGACAGAGAGCUACAUGACCAUGGCCCAGUCUGAGAGCACCAACUGCCGCUUGGUGGACGCCUCCAUUCAGAAGAACAUUUCAUUUGAUGGAAAACCCAUGACACCGACCAGCUGGACUGGGGGCAUGGGGGAGAUCUUCUCCCUGAGGGACCAGCUGAAACAGGCUGAGGAGAGGGCCUUGCAGGUCCAGAGAGAGUGUGAUGGUCUGAAGACGGAGCUACAGCAGCUGCAGGUACUGUAUGACAGCAGCCAGCGGGAGCGAGCGGAGCUGGAGGAGGAACUGCAGCGCUGCAAGGCGGAGCUGGAGAAGCUGUCUGGGGACACCCAGAGCUUCAUCCAUCCGUCUGAGCACCCUGUUCUCUCCAUCCCCUUCAUAGGAAUGAUUGUAAUAGUGGCUGUGGUUUGGUGCUGGUUGUCGGAGCUGGCGUCCCAGAGAGCAAGGGGAGUGAGGUAGGUUGGAACCCCAUUUUGACUGUCACUGCAGCCACAGCAGUGCUUCUAAUGCUGACUAGCUUGUUGAGAGCUGCGGCCCGAUGCUGACUGAAUGGGCAACAACUGCACAAAGACAGACAUCUGCUUCAGACCAGCCCUCACUCUCUCCUGCCAUGUCUUUAGAUUGAACUGGAAAUAUAUAACAAAUAUAUAUAGAUAUAUAUGUUGUUGAACUGACAAGUGCGUGGUGGAGGAAACAUGGGAAAUGCUGUUUCGAAUAAGAGGGUACAUGCAACGAAGAAGAUCCUGCUUGAUGGGCACGUGACGAGAAGAUGGCGAUGAGCUGAUCCACAGUGGGGCAAAAUGAAGACCAGUUUCACUCCACUAAAUGUUUGCCAGUGUUGUGUCUAAUCAUUCCUUUCUUGUAUCUGUGGAUAUUACUUUAUCUUGCCUAGCUGACAAUGUGAUCAAACUGAAAUUAAUUAAUGAUAAUGAAUGUCUUGUAACAAAUGGUUCUCCGUUUAUUUACCCAUUAUUUAUUAUUUUGUUUGAAUAUCUUUUGUAGUUGUCUUUGGUAAUAACGACAACAUGCGUUCUGGACGUUUAAUGCACUGAAAUCACUAUUCUUCAUAAGCCCCUAAAAAGUUAAUAGAAAGAGCAGUAUGUGUUUUUGUUAAUGUGUCGGUUUUUGAUGCAUCUAGAAAUGCAUGUCUGUCACAACUGUGACUUUGUGAAGAUUACAUUAUGAGCAAUGAACUCCCAGUGACCCUUUGCUUCUCCCCAAAAAUUGUAGCUGCAAAUUCAAAUAUGUGUUUGAAAUGGAAAAGACAUCAAACUGAAUGAAGGUGUUACCAAAUCAAUCUACUACUAUCCUGCUGCUUAGGGUUUGGAAUUUUAGAUAUUGUAAUAUCGUAAUAUUGCAUAAGUGUUGUCUUUUCCUUGUUUUAAAGGCUGCAUUACAGUGAUUUAUUUUCUGAACUUAUCAGACUGUUCCAAUAUUUGCCUUGACCCACUUAGUUAUUAUACAGGCAUUACAGAUGAUUAUUUAUGAAAAAUCUCAUUGUGUAAUACAUAUCGCCCAGCCCUACGAGAAUCACACUGGUGUGAUUAUAUUCAUCAAAGGGUAAAUCGAGCAAGUGCUUAAGAGAUUUCAAAACAUUGAGAUAUAUAUAUUGUGUAUCAUCUAAUAAUAUUGUGCUAUUAUUUAUAGGCCAUAUCGACCAGCCCGAUGCAGUUGUUAUUCUGCACUGUUCAACACUAGGAUAACAAUACAUUUUCUCUUGCCAUUGUUUAACUGUGACUUUCCUUCUGAUGUGGUUGGGGCCAGUACUUGUUCACAGUGUCUUUCUAUUUGUGUCCUUAGCCAUAGACCAUGUCCAUUCUGCCUGCCUUUUGCAUUGUGUUGUGUGUGACUGAAAUCAGCUGAAGUAUGAAGCUAAAAUAACAAACUUGUCCUAAUUAUCAGUGAUCCCCCCAAAAAUGACAGAACCUUGCCCUUUAACCAUUAAUCUUAAAAUAUUCACAUUCGAUGAUUGAAAAUCUGUACUUUGACACUUACAACUAUGUUAUUAUACUUAUUAUAUGUAUGAUUUGCUGUUAUUCUGUUAUCUACUCAUCACCACAACUCAUUAAGCUUGAGAACAAACUUUGCCACCAUCAAGCUAUGCUUUUCUAAGUAUUGUGAUUAAGGUCGAUGGUGAGUCCAGAUUUUUCCGGUUACACAGCAUGACAAUAUCGACUGUCAGCAUUUCUUUGUUCAUCUAUGGCUCGGUUCAAGUGAGAAACUGCAGAUGUGACAAAGGCAGCUUGGCAUUCAGCCUCAUUGAUGUAGCUGAAGAGAGCAACGAGGGUUAGUGGAUUGCCGAGGGCAUUUUCUAAAUUCAUAUUCAGAAACGAUACGGUUCAGAAAUAUAUAAUUAGGAGUGUGUCACAGUUUAAUUGUUCUCCUGGCUGUUAGCUAAAAAUAUAUAUCUGGCAGGAGUCUAAAAAUUACUGUUUACAAUACAUAAGUGAUUUUUUUUUUUUUUUUUGUGAUUUAGUAAAUAUAUCUUUUAGAAAUGAAAGUGCAUGCUACCAUACAUAUGGAAGAACAAUAUUUAAUUUAUGUUGGUUAUGUUGUUUCUGUUACUUUGCAUUUGAUGUAAAUAGUCAGAUGUGAAAUAUAGUACUAUGGGAGAAACAUUUCUUAAAUCCAUUUGUACUAGCUUUGUAGAAAGUUUAUUCUAUUUUGAGAAAGCGUUGUAUAUUUGAUAGCCAAAUUAUAUGCUAUAUAAAUGUUUAUUUAUGGUGGCGUUAUUCACAUGAACCGUUAGCACAAUUUCCACUUCAGUACCUCUAUGUUGGUGGUGUACUCAUUGCAUGCAUAUAGAUUGCAUUUGAUCUUAGUUAUCAGAAAGAGCAUUAGGAAGCCACUUAUAUUUUUCAUAUGUAUUGAAAUAUUUUAUGAAAUCAUGUCAUUAAACGCAACAUGGAUAAGCAAUGCAUCACCAAUAUUUUUUUUCUGCAGAUGAACUUACCUUACACUUCAGAGACAGUCGCCCGCUGCACUGCAAUUAAAGUCACUGUUUAUUUAAAAAUUGAUCAAUUUGCAAUAGCUGGUCAGUUCCCAGUGACUGCAAUAGUACAUAUGAAUGUUGUCUCAUUUUGACAUUAUUUCUGGGCUUAUUUCAUGGAUAGUAACUUUGACAUACUGUACUUUCACAAGUCUCUAUAUUGCACAGUGUUUCUCAGCUUGCUGCUUUGCUUCUUGAUAGAAUUGUCGUUUUCGAUAUAAGUUGUGGCUAUUUUGUUACUUGGAGGUCUAUUUUGUACUCGAAAUGACUUGACAAAAUAAAUAUACUCACUCCACAUGA